UUCUCUUCCGUGAUGAUGCUGCGGCACAACCAGCAGCUUCGACAAUUGGUUCCGAAUUGAAUUUGCAAUACAAUGCACAUCGAGUGCUACCUCAUCUUCUAGCAUUAUAUAAUUUACCAUUCGGACAUUGCACUGAAAAAAAGGAAAUAUGCGGGCAAGAUGGAGUCGUCAUUCCCACGGGAAGAAAAACGACACAGAAAACUGCAAUCAUGUCGCUCCUGCUCACGAAGAAGAAAAUGAUAAUGCUCUCGUUAUMUUAGAAUCUGAAAUAGUGUACUCGAUCGAAUCCUUCGGAGCACUUGCGAUGCCGGUAGCCGUCAAUAUGAUUCUAUCGGCCUUUGUGGUUGUAUUUGUCAACACAGACGAAACCAUUGCUGCCGGCGAAGAAAUCUAUGAAAUCUAUCAGGUCUUUGACGUGGGAGACGACGAAGAACUGUCGUCUUUUUCAAAACUCGGACGUUCCUUGAUCAAUACACUCAUCAUAGUAUCGGUUCUUUGUCUCAUGACCUUUGUGGUGGUUCUGUGUUACAAAUAUCGGUUCAUGAAAUGUCUUUACGCCUACAUGGUAAUGGUAACAGCAGCCCUGUUGGGGUAUUUUACCAGCAACUUAUUAAUGGUGGCCAUUUCGAUUUAUCCAUGGAUGAACACCGAUUUGGUGACCUUUGUAUUUUUGAUGUAUAAUUACGCGGCCGUUGGGACGAUAGCAAUUUUCCUUCCAAGAGSUAUUCCACAAUGGGUCACACAGGCAUAUUUGAUUGCCACAAGCGUCUGCCUGGYCUGGCAGCUUUCCUAUUUCGGUUCUUGGAUGACCUGGAGUCUCUUGGUAAUGCUCGCUUUGUACGAUCUCUUCGCGGUCCUUACACCGUGYGGACCCCUGAAGGCCCUAGCAAACAUGAUUUCCGAGAAGGAAGCCCCGGCAUUGCCGGGUCUCCUGUACGAGGCAACCUUGCCGAGCGGGGUUACCAAGAAUAGUGCUAAGAGCACGCGUCGUAUGGGGUCURAGACGAAAUCCGAAGAAGAAAAUCGGUCUGAAAAGAAUGAUACUGUUUCYGAUGAGGAUAUCAGCGGGAUUAAUUACGGCAKCGGCGAUGGAAAUCCGAAUGACUCAGGGGAGGUAUAUUCAACAAGUAAAGCACUCGAUCCUCAAGAAGAGAAUGUGCAGUCGGUGCCUUCGCGUAUUGUGGAAAAGUCAGCGGYACCAUGCCAUCAGCAGGUGAUAGAAGAACGGGAAGGAGCAUACAUACAACCAUCAAGGGAUGAGGGAGACGAAAAACUGCAAAGCAGGAGAAAAGCAACACAACCAUCCGUAAUAAACUAUCCCGCAGACUUCUCCAACGUGGGACAAGUCCCAUUGGCGCUCGCAAAAUUGUACCAAUUGUCUGUUCUUGAUACCGAUGGGAUUUUGAAAGGACGGUCCAUCGAGCCGCAGCAAAAUCGAAACAUUUUGGUAAAAKGUGGUCCCAAUAGUAUUGGUAGCGGUGCUUCAACCUAUUAUACGGGAACGGAAGUCCGAUCGAUGGAAUUCACUCCUCAACAGCUGAGCACUGAGCUGACUUGUGUCUUUCCUCCCCGGGGUGGGAGAAUUUCCAAGGCCCGUGCUSAAGAUCAAACCUACGAUGGGGGUACUGCAUACUUAGUGUACGGCCGGACGGGGAAUCUGCAGCGCAAAUUCAUAGUAACACGACAGGGCUCCGUUAUGGAAGUAGUGAGGCGGGAUGUCUCCCCUGMGGACGACGAUAAAACAAAAGGUGAGGACGACAAAAGUACUAUCAAGCUUGGCCUCGGAGACUUUAUCUUUUACAGUGUCUUGGUCUCCGAGGCGGCACAAUACUCGUUUACAGCCUGUGCCGCGUGCUUCCUGGUGGUCCUUUGGGGCUUGGCAGUCACCCUCGUGAUUCUCGCAAUCAAGGGCAAGGCACUACCGGCGCUUCCGAUUUCCGUCUUUUUAGGGGUCAUUAUCUUCUUGUGGACGAAAGCCUUCCUUCAGCCGUGGGCCUUCGAUUUCCUGUCGUUGUCGAUCUAUGUAUAAUUAUUUUCAUCAGCACUUAUUGGCGUGGAUUAGAACGAAGGAUAGAUAUUAGGCAAGAUUAAAGGAUGUUGUAUAACGGCAGAAGYUGGGCAUGUAAAGUGUCGUGUAGUGUCAUGCCGUUUCGUGUCGGACCGUGUGCAAUAGGUGUUAUAGUGCGUUGUGCAUGUUCCACUUUAAACUAUCCAUCAUUUCUGCUCUGUGUCUACUUUUCUUUCAAGUACCAUUCCAGAUCAUGAUUAGAUGUAGAAUAGACAAGGUGAAGUUUU